AUGUAUCAAAACGUGUUGGUGCCGCUGGACCGAUCGGCUGAGUCCGAGGGAAUUCUUGACGUAGUCCCCAAGUUGGUCAAUGACGAUGGGACAGCCACUCUGCUGACCGUCAUUCCUCCCGGCCGCACUCGUUCCAUAGGAGAGUUGGUAAUUCUGGGCUCGCAGCAGGAAGAGGAAGAUCGAGCCCGGGCCCUUGCCUACCUUAACCGCGUCGCCAACCGCCUGAAAGAGUCCUCGGUCCUGGCGACGACGGCCGUUGUUGUCAACGAUUCUGUGCCAGCCGCGAUAGUGUCGUACGCCAACCGGACGCUGUUGACUUGA